AUGUUAAACAAGAACAUUCUGCUAUUAUCUCUUAAGAUAAGUCUCCUAGGAACUGCUCUUGGUGGGAAUGUUCUUAUUUGGCCAAUGGAAGGUAGUCACUGGUUAAAUGUUAAGAUAGUGAUAGAUGAGCUGAUUAAAAAAGAGCAUAAUGUGACUGUCCUAGUUGCCUCUGGUGCACUUUUCAUCACGCCGACCUCUAUCCCAUCUCUGACAUUUGAAAUAUACAAGGUGCGCUUCAGCAAAGAAAAAAUAGAAGGAAUUAUCAAGGACUUUGUUUUGACAUGGAUGGAAAAUAGACCGUCUCCCUCAACCAUUUGGAGAUUCUAUCGGGAGAUAGCCGAAGUCAUUAAGGACUUCCACAUGGUGUCUAGAGAAAUCUGUGAUGGUGUUCUCAAAAACCAAAAGCUGAUGGAAAAGUUGAAGAAAAGCAAAUUUGAUGUCCUACUGUCGGAUCCAGUAUUUCCUUGUGGUGACAUAGUAGCUUUAAAACUGGAAAUUCCAUUUAUAUAUUCCUUGAGGUUUUCUCCAGCCUCAACAGUGGAAAAACAUUGUGGGAAGGUACCAUACCCUCCUUCCUAUGUUCCUGCUAUUUUAUCAGAACUCACGGACCAGAUGUCUUUCACUGACAGAAUAAGAAAUUUCAUCUCCUACCAUCUACAGGACUACAUGUUUGAUACUCUUUGGAAAUCGUGGGAUUCCUACUAUAGUAAAGCUUUAGGUGGUAGCCAUUGGUUAAAUAUUAAGAUGAUUCUAGAAGAGUUAAUUGAAAGAAAUCACAAUGUGACUGUACUGGCUUCAUCAGUAACUCUAUUCAUCAACUCCAAACCUGAUUUUCCUGUGAAUUUUGAGGUGAUACCUGUUGCCUUCAAGAAGAGCAAUAUAGAUGCCUUAAUUGAAGAUUUGAUAAUGCUGUGGAUAGAGCAUAGACCAACUCCUCUCACACUCUGGACUUUCUACAAAGAACUGGGAAAUCUUCUAGAUACUUUUUUCCAAAUUAAUGUACAAAUCUGUGAUGGAGUAUUAAACAACCCCAAGUUACUAGCAAGACUUCAGAAAGGUGGUUUUGAUCUUUUGGUAGCAGACCCAGUAACAAUGUGUGGGGAACUUGUUGCUCUGAAAUUAGGAAUUCCAUUUCUGUACACCUUGAGGUUCUCUCCAGCCUCGACAUUGGAAAGACACUGUGGAAAAAUCCCAGCACCUGCAUCCUAUGUACCUGCAACCCUGUCAGAGCUCACUGACCAGAUGACCUUUGGUGAAAGGGUCAAAAAUGCCAUAUCUUAUUCUCUGCAAGACUAUAUAUUUCAGUCCUACUGGGGAGAAUGGAAUUCAUACUACAGCAAAACUCUAGGAAGACCCACUACCUUAUGUGAGACAAUGGGAAAAGCAGAAAUUUGGCUGAUUCGAACAUACUGGGAUUUUGAAUUUCCUCGUCCAUAUCUACCUAAUUUUGAGUUUGUUGGAGGAUUGCAUUGCAAACCUGCCAAACCCUUACCUAAGGAAAUGGAAGAAUUUGUCCAAAGUUCAGGUGAAGAUGGUGUUGUGGUGUUUUCUCUGGGGUCAAUGGUGAAAAACCUCACGGAAGAAAAAGCUAAUGUCAUUGCCUCAGCACUCGCUCAGAUCCCACAGAAGGUUUUAUGGAGGUACACAGGAAAGAAACCGGCCACAUUAGGAAGCAAUACUCGGCUCUAUGAUUGGAUACCCCAGAAUGAUCUCCUUGGUCAUCCCAAAGCCAAAGCUUUUAUCACUCAUGGUGGAACCAAUGGGAUCUAUGAAGCUAUUUAUCAUGGGGUCCCUAUGGUGGGAGUGCCCAUGUUUGCUGACCAGCCUGAUAACAUCGCCCACAUGAAGGCCAAAGGAGCAGCUGUGGAGGUGAACAUAAACACAAUGACAAGCGAAGACUUGCUCAGUGCCUUGAGAGCAGUCACCAACAAUCCUUUUUAUAAAGAGAAUGCUAUGAGGUUAUCAAGGAUUCAACAUGAUCAGCCUGUAAAGCCCCUGGAUCGAGCAGUCUUCUGGAUCGAGUUUGUCAUGCGCCACAAAGGAGCCAAGCACCUGCGGCCAGCUGCCCACGACCUCACCUGGUUCCAGUACCACUCCCUGGAUGUGAUUGGGUUCCUGCUGGCCUGUGUGGCCACUGUUAUAUUCUUGGUCACAAAAUGUUGUUUGCUUUCUUAUAGAAAACUUGGUAAAGCAGGGAAGAAGAAGAGGGAAUAGAUCUAAGUUUGGCCAAAGGCCUGAAUGGACAAUCUGUUCAUUCUCAUCACAGUGACCUUAAUGAAAACACAUUGUCUCAAUCUGUUUUCAAAGUUCCCAAUCCUCUCCCUUGGCCUAGAGGUAAAGCCUAGAAUUCAACAAUAUCAUUAACUAGUGGGCAUCUACUCCCAAUCUUCCUUAGUCUCUCCCCAGGUGCCUCUCCCUCUUACUCGUUCCUGACACAGGAACAACUAAUAAUGUUAUGUAUAUUCUAUUCAUCAUAUCAAUUUUUUCAUUAUGUUUAAUCUUAAGAAUAUGCUGACUGACAAUAUGCUGAAUUCUGGGAAGCACACAAAAGGUGAACUGAAUUUGAAGGACGUAGGGAAGACAGAAGAAUAAAAUGCACAAGUUCCUCUAGAACUUAAGAACCAGGGAACCAUUACAGGAGAUUAGUAUGUUAUAAGAAGAGUAAUGAUUUUCUUCUUUAAUAAAAAUAAGCACUUCUGCCUGUCCAAUGUUAUGGGGUCAGAGCCUGAAUUGAUAAUAACUAUAAUGGCACAUCACACUAAGAAAGGUCUACAAAUUUCUAUUCAACACACAGAUAAUCAGAGCCUAUGACCCUGCCUUUAGUCUACAAUUAUUCUCAUGUGCCCUUUAAUGCAAGGGUCUGGGGACAGCCUUCAAACAAAAGAGAUCAACUCAGUCACUAUAUUUUCUUGAGCACAGACAAUGUCGGCAAUAUGUUAAAGGUGAACAGAUGAUUUUAGAGGAAAUGACAAUAAGAAAUAUAGAAAAAAACUUUAGUACUUUCAAAAAUUUUACUUAACAAUACAAUCAAUAACAUUAGAGUUAAAUGCAAAUUCAUUAUAGUUAAAAUCAAAAUGCCCAUAAUCUAUAAAAACUGUUUAUAAUCAAAGGUUUUGUUUCCUAUCAAAAGCAUAUAUUUGUUUAGAAUGUAAGAUCCUUUAUUUUUCAAUCUCUAUCUUCUACAAAUUUAAAUUCAGCCAUUUAUUGUGAUGUCAAGGACACAAGAUAAUAGCAGAUCUGUUUUACUAGGAAUAUGUUAUAGUAAAUAUUUAUCAAUGUAAAUCACUAAUUAAAGGCAAAUGUUCAUAUUUAAA